CUGAGUAACAACGACCUGCAGGAUUCAGGAGUGAAGCUACUGUCUUCUGGACUGGAGAGUCCUCACUGUAAACUGGAAGCUCUCAGUCUGUCAGGGUGUCUGGUCUCAGAGGAAGGCUGUGCUUCUCUGGUCUCAGCUGUGAGAUCCAAGUCCUCCCAUCUGAGAGAGCUGGACCUGAGCUACAACCAUCCAGGAGACUCAGGAGUGAAGGAGCUGUCAGCGGCAGUGGAGGAUCCACACUGCUCACUGGAGACUCUCAGGGUGGACCAUGGUGGACAGCAGAGGCUCAAACCUGGUCUGAGGAAGUAUUUCUCUCAACUUCAACUGGAUGAAAACUCAAUGAGCAGAAAGCUCAAACUGUCCAACAACAACAGGAAGGUGAAAUAUGUGGAGGGAGAGCAGCCGUAUCCUGAUCAUCCUCACAGAUUUCAUUUCUGGCCUCAGCUGCUGUGUAGAAAUGAUCUGAGUGGUCGAUGUUACUGGGAGGUCGAGUGGAGCGGAGGUGUUGAAAUAUCAGUGAGUUACAGAGGAAUCAGAAGGAAAGGAGGCAGCGAGGAGUGUAGGUUUGGAGGGAAUGAUCAGUCCUGGAGUCUGUGGUGCUCUGGUUUCGGUUACUCUGUCUCGCACAAUAAGAGAGACACAUUCAUCUCCUCCUCCUCCUCCUUCUCCUCUGGUAGAGUAGCAGUGUAUGUGGACUGUCCUGCUGGCUCUCUGUCCUUCUUCAGAGUCUCCUCUGACUCUCUGAUCCACCUCUACACCUUCAACACCACAUUCACUCAGCCUCUCUAUGCUGGAUUUCACUUCUGGCUCCCUGGUUCUUCAGUGAAUCUGUGUCCUCUGUAGGAAGGACGGUCUCUGUCUCUGACAGCAGGGAGGAGGAGGAGCCUAUCAGAAGGUGGGAGGGGCCUAUCAGAAGGUGGGAGGAGUUUAGCUCCACUAAAGAUGGGAUUUCUUCUUUGUUCCAUCUGGUGUUUGUUGUAGUUUCA